AUCACAAUACCUCAAACUAAAUUUUUAAGGUGCGAGAAAUUUCCAAGUUUUUGAAUUAGUUCCGUACUUAAGUCUUUUUUAAAUUAAAGGAUCGGGAUACAGUUUGGUUGUCAAUUCAAAGGUUUUGUUAUUGAAGUUUAUAUCAGGUAUACUGGGAGAGAGAGAUUAUACAAUGGUUUCCUCUGGAUUGUUCUUUUUACUCUUGGUGUCCUGCGUGUUGGCCGAUGACGUUAGAGACCUCUGUCCAGGAGUGACUCCUAUAACCCCAGCUACUGCAAACGCUGAAGGAACUUGGUGGAUAGUUCGUGCCAGUAAAUCAAGCUCUGGACAAUGUGGACCGACCAACAACCAACCUCCCUGCAGGUGUACUGGGUUAGUGUACACCACGGAUCUUCUUCCACCCAGAAUUUCUAAGUACAACGCCACUUUGUUCGGAUACGAUACAGAGACCCAGGUAUAUGAAAUGCAGUAUUCGGUAACAACAAUCGUUGACCCAACUCAACCCUAUGGAAUAUUCUACUUAAUAGAUGACUCUACUGGUGCAAUUAAUGUAGGGGCUGCCUUAGACACAGAUAACCAUGAAACAUUCAUAAUAUUCUACUUCUGUAGUGUGUUGACAUCUGAAGGAGAGCCGCUGGUUAUCGUGCUCUCCAGAUCCAGGAAUGGGUUGUGCAGCGAGAGUCAAAAGAGGGUUGACGCUGCUCUCGAAGCAAACAACAUCUGCAAGGACAACCUUGAAUCAUUCGACGUAUCAGAUUGUGCUGAUAUAUAUGAUUACUGUUUCAAUUAGUAAUACCUAGAGAGUCUUAUGUGAUAACUACUUAUAAUGUUGUCGAAAGGGAUUAAAUACUUAAGUAAUAUUAACAGU